AAAUUUAAAGCUGAAGUUGCUCACGUGCUUUGAGUGUUCCUGUCAUUUCCAAGUUCCCGUUUUCCCCAGUUGUGAACGAGGAGUAUUUUCAUUAAGUUACAAUAUUAUCGGAAAUGGCCAGUUUAUCUAAAGCUCUACCCGAGGAAUUAGAGCAGGUCGGAGGCGUCGUGGUGGCCAAUUCGGCGCUGGCCACCCGUGCCGCCGAGGUGCGCGCCAAUCGGAUCAACUGGCAGUCGUACCUGCAGAGUCAGAUGAUCACACAGGAGCAGUUCAACGUCAUCAUGAUGCUGGACACGGCGCCCCCUCCCAAACGCGAUCAGUUUAUGAAGGAGCACCGGUUUGAAUGUGCACGGACCUUUCUGGAGAUGAUCGCCAACGUGGCCAAGGAUCAAACGGUGCAGUAUCUGCUCACUAUGAUCGACGAUAUUCUCCAGGAAGACCGAACUCGUGUCGAGAUUUUCCACGAGUACGCAGCAGCGGAGAAAACCACGGUCUGGAGACUUUUCCUUCCGCUUUUGAAUCGACAGGACCAGUUCAUUGUCACACAAGCCAGCCGCAUCAUCGCCAAACUGGCUUGCUGGAGCCGCAUCCUGAUGGACGGAACAGAUUUACAUUUUUAUUUGGCAUUUCUCAAGGAACAGCUGCGUAUGCAGAAUAAUGAGUACAAGCAAGCCACAGCAAGAUGUCUGCAGAUGUUGCUACGAGUUGAUGAAUAUCGUCAGGCAUACGCCACGGUGGACGGAAUAACAACAAUUCUGAAUGCACUGUCGACCAGCAGCAAUUUCCAGAUCCAGUAUCAGCUGAUAUUUUGUCUUUGGUGCAUGUCGUUCAAUGCGGAUCUUGCGGAACAGAUGAACAAAUACAACGUGAUUCCAAAUUUGGCAUUGAUACUAGCCGAUUCCCAGAAGGAAAAAGUGCUGCGAAUAAUUCUGGCGACGCUACGAAACUUGCUGGAGAAGCCAGAAGAUACCCAGACUGUGCAGGAGAAUGCUGUUGCAAUGGUUCACGGGAAGGUGCUAAAGACGUUGAGUCUUCUGCAGUCUCGGAAAUUUGAUGAUCAGGAUAUCAUUGACGAUAUCACUUACCUCGAAGAGAAACUGCAGGCUAGCGUUCAGGAUUUGAGUUCGUUCGACGAGUACGUGUCUGAGCUGAAAUCGGGCCGCUUGGAAUGGAGUCCGGUACAUAAAAGUGAACGUUUCUGGCGUGAGAAUGCGCAAAAUUUUAACGAAAGGAAUUACGAAUUGCUUAAGAUUUUGACUCGUCUCUUGGAAGUUUCUAAAGAUCCGUUGAUUUUGAGUGUUGCCGUGCACGAUAUUGGCGAAUAUGUACGGUGCUAUCCCAGAGGAAAGCAAAUUAUCGAACAAAUCGGGGGUAAACAGUUGGCCAUGACGCUACUUACACAUGAAGACUCCAAUGUCCGAUACCAGGCUUUAUUGGCUGUUCAGAAGAUGAUGGUGCAGAAUUGGGAGUACCUCGGAAAACAGCUGGAACAAGACACGGCAGCAGCCGGUAGCGCUGCGGUCAAGGGGAAACCCGCCGUUCCAACAAAAGGUUAAAAAGACUGUUGUGCGUUCUGGUGUCGUGUUGGCCUACUCAUAUUCAGAAUUCCGAGUGAUUCCACCUAGUUUAGCGUGCUUGUCUGUGUGUCUCCCGAAUCUGAUGAUCUACGUAAAAUAUCGUGCAGCUCUUGAUGUGCUUUUAUCUUGUCUGUAUCGCUGGGGGAGUGUUUAGUUCACUGUUUACAGAGUCAGAGACGAGACACUGUCGUUUAUUUAAGUUUUAGAUGCUAUCAUGGUUAUAAUACUUUGACAUUCCGCGCUGAGAUAAUUUAACGUUCCGAAUUACCUGUUUUAAUCUGCAUCUACAACUGUGAUUUGUGAAUUUUAUUGUGCGUGCAGUGAUGAAUUUGCCGAAUUAAAAAUAAACAACAGUG